GAGUGGGCUACGCCUGGAACCCAAGAACCCUGACCAUCGAGGCAGGAGACACUGUGGUCUGGACCUGGUCUCCUUACACACAGGGUGUGGGCUUCGCUGUCAUGCAGACAACUGGGCCAGAUGGUGAGCGAGCAGAAAACGGCUUCUCCAGUGGACCAAAGUCAAGCAAAGGCUCCUUCUCCUAUACGUUCAAUGCCGUGGGUGAGUUUUACUACACAAGUGGCUGCGUUGAUGAGAAAUGUGACAUCCUGAUGCCUGGUAAGGUGGAAGUCGUCCGGGCCUUGGACCGCGCCGAGACCAUGUCAUUCAAACUCAACGGCAUGGAGGCAACAUGCAGUCCGAACGGGGUAGGACCAGCAUCUAGUGACACCUGUCCAGGUUCAACAAGAGAAGUCCUAGGCUGUUCCGCUGAUCAGCCUACUGCAUCUCCGGGCUCUCCGUUCAACUUCGUCUUCCGCAACUGCCUGACGGCGACUGUCACCUCCCUCAGUCCUACCCAUGGCACUGCCGGGGAGACCAUCACCAUCCAGGGGACCGGCUUCAGCACAAACGCUUGUGAGAAUGAGGUUCUCAUUGGUGGAUACCCCUGUGAUGUCACGUCAGCGACAUCCAAUAGCAUCACCUGUCAGGUUACCCCUGGCAACGACAUGCCGGUGGGAACCUUCCUACCAGUGACGGUGAACAUCAAGAACCGUGGAUACGCCAGGAUGGCCAUUCCUGGUGGUGAAGAGUCUCGCAUGUUCGCUCUCCUUCCGGAAGUGACGUCUGUGUCCCCUGUGCAGGGUUCUACCGAAGGAGGAACCCAGCUCACUAUUCGCGGGUCAGGAUUCGUUUCUUCGAUCGACAGCACCGCAGUCACAGUUGGAACCGUACCGUGUGACAUUCAGUCUCUUUCUUACAUCCAAGUAAUUUGCAUAACCCAAGCAGCUUCAGAGAGAACGAGGAACGUCAGCGUUACACAGACAACCAACGGACUUCGCGUGGACAGCGUUUGCGACCCUGCCAAUGAAGACGCAGGAUGCCAAUAUGCCUACCGGGGCUCGCAAACACCACGCGUGUCAACCGUAAGCCCAUCUACCAGCUCUGGAUCUGCCACUGAGUUCACCAUCAGAGGAAUCUUGUUUGGAUCUUCCAAGGAGGACAUAACGGUCACUUUUGGAGGAACGGCGUCCUGUGCUGUUAGGUCGGUUACCGAUGGCACCAUUACCUGCACAGACGAGCACAUCCCAGUCGGGAACCAGCCUGUCAGGGUGCAUGUAGCCGGGCGGGGAAACGCAGCGUCAACCGCGCUUGUGACCAGCCUGGCUGUGAUCAGCUCCAUAUCACCAUCAGAGGGGAGUCUGGCCGGCGGUACGACAUUGACCAUCACGGGCAACGGUUUCGGCAGCGACACCAACGUUACCAUAGGCGGACAGAUGUGCGAAAUCCUGUCUGUCAGCCUCUCCACCGUGAUCUGUAUCACACCAGCAACCAACGAAAGUGACCACCUAGUACAGGUAUCUGUGGUUUCGAAUGGGCAGUCCUACCCCACACAAGACUUCACAUACAGCUCAACCCUUACUCCAAGUGUGAGUGGUAUCAACCCAGCCGAAGCCACCAGUGGGGCGUCAGUAACGAUAACAGGAUCUGGCUUUGGUCAAACAACAGGAGACAACGAAGUGUCGAUUGAUGGCGCUCCUUGUGUGGUUGACUCAUCAUCAGACACAGAAAUCGUCUGCACACUCGGGGACCACAUGGCCGGCAGUGACUACGCCGUGGACGUGACAGUCGCUGCCAAGGGAAUGGCGAGGUCUGGGGUCACAUUCAGCUACGAGUUGUCAUUGUUGACAGUUUCACCUGGCACGGGAAGCUUUGGUGGUGGUCUUACCCUGUUUCUGACGGGAACUGGUUUUGCCGAAGACGCGUCCGUCACCGUGUGUGGUCAUCUCUGUCCUAUCACCACCGUUAGAUCCAGCCACAUAGAGUGUGACCUUCCACCACAUGAUGGACUAGGCAGUGGAACAGUGCGCUGUGAUGUUGCCAUCGUCGUCGGUAAAGAGACAAGAACUCUACCGAACGCGUUCACCUACGACAGCAGCCUGACUCCCGUCAUCAGCUCCGUCUUCCCGGCCCUGGGAGGGACGGCAGGGGGAACCAUCGUCACUAUCACCGGAACAAAUCUUCGUAACAUCACAGGAGUAUCCAUAGCGGGAAGUGCGUGUGUGGUCUCCGGAGUACCAUCGGAUACUGAGAUCGUUUGUGUGACUGGAGCCCAUAACGGAAGCGUCAGGGCAAAAGUCAGGGCGGAGGGUAUCAAUGGAAUUGCUACACAGGACAACGCAGACUUCUACUACGUGGACAGGUGGUCGUCAGUCUACACCUGGGGCGGGGAAAGUUUACCCGAGCAGGGAGACUUUGUCAUCGUUCACGAAGGACAGACUUUACUGCUGGAUACUGACACACCAAUACUCCGAAUGCUACUGAUACAAGGUGGCACCUUGCUGUUCGAUGACGAGAAGGAUAUCCACCUGCAGGCUGAGUACAUCCUCAUCACGGAUGGAGGAACGCUCCAAGUUGGUACUCAGGAGAACCCGUUCCAACAUCAGGCCACCAUCACUCUGCACGGAAACCUGCGCUCAAAGGAGCUGCCCAUUUAUGGCGCCAAAGUUCUGGGAGUCAGAGAGGGAACACUAGACCUACAUGGUUCGCCUGUUCCCGUCACAUGGACCCGGCUGGCGAAGACAGCAGCAGCAGGGGCGCCAACGCUCGUCCUGGAGCAGCCGGUCACGUGGAAGGCAGGGGACAGCAUCGCCAUAGCAACGACGGGACAUCGCAACAGCCAGGCCGAGACGGAAGUGAGAGAGAUAGCGGCAGUGACUACAGAUGGUGUGACGAUCACCCUCACAGAGCCUCUGGAGUACGAGCACAUCUCUGAGGUAGAGACGUUUGGCAGUGCAGGAGUGACGCUGGAGACCAGAGGAGAGGUCGCCCUUCUCACCAGGAACGUCGUCAUCAGAGGAUCCGAUGAUCCUUCUUGGCACGACCAAAUCGAAGCAUGCGAGGAGGGUUUUGAUAUUGGUGAGUCUGCAACCCAGACGUGCUUCCAGGGUCGGUUUGGAGAAGAGCUCGGUAGUGACCAGUUCGGCGGCCAUGUUCUUCUCCACGCGUCAGAACCAGAUGCAGGUCUCGUCACUGCUCGUAUAGAACACGUAGAGUUCACGUACGUUGGACAAGCCUUCCGCCUGGGCCGCUAUCCCAUCCACUCGCAUCUGAACGGUGACAUGAGCAACUCCUACGUCCGUGGUAACGCCAUCCAUCGCAGCUUCAACAGGGCGGUGACCAUGCACGGUACAAACAACCUGCUGGUGGAACGUAAUGUGGCUUUCAACAUCAUGGGUGGAGCUUACUUCAUUGAGGACGGCAUUGAAACAGGAAACAUCCUUCAGUAUAAUCUCGCAUUGUUCGUGAAAGCCAGCACAAGUCUACUGAACGAUGACAUCACACCUGCAGGGUACUGGGUUACAAACCCCAACAACACCAUUCAGCACAACCACGCUGCCGGAGGAACCCACUUUGGUUUCUGGUACCGCAUGCACAAACACCCUGACGGCGCCUCCUACGAUCCAAACAUCUGCCCCCAAAGAGUUCCCCUCGGAGUCUUCCAGAACAACACGGUCCACUCCUGCGGCUGGUUUGGGCUGUGGGUGUUCCAGGAGUACUACCCCGCCGAGGGAGGCAGCUGCUCCUGGGGGGCCAAACCAGAGCCGGCGGUCUUCAGGAGUCUUACUGCCUGGAGGAACGAAAAAGGUGCAGAAUGGGUGGACGUUGGGGCCAUUCAGUUCGAGGGCUUCCUUUUGGCGUACAACCAGCACACAGGGAUUGAGAUGAAGCAGAUCAAGAGGCUGUCAGAGUGGGGCCUGGCCAAAAUCACCGACGCUGUCAUUAUCGCACACGGUAACAUCACCGCCGCUGACGAGCGCAGUGAAGCUGGCAUCAUCCUCCCGUUUGCCCGAUAUCUGACCAUCAGCGGGACAAAAUUCAUCAACUUUGACCGAGAUGGGAGUGCUGCGUUCAGGCUCACCAAGAUUCAUUGUAUCUGCGAGACGUAUUGCGACGGUUUCCCAUACAAGGCUGAAAGAGUUGAAUAUCACAACACAGUCAACAAGGCUGGCUUUCGAUGGGAACACGAGGGAUGGAUUGAAGAUUUAGACGGGUCCGUGACUGGAACUGUUGGAGGCAAGGUGAUCCCGUCCUCCGACACCCUCCCGCCUUCGUGUGCCCAGGAUCCCGAGUUCAGUAGUGGCAAUUACCCUGGGUCUGUCUGCACUGAUGCUACUGUCAGGUUCCACCGUUUCGCAUUUAAAGGAGUCCAGCCGGAGUCACUUGACAUGAGGGACGCCGUCUUUAAGAACGCCUAUGGCAACACCUCAGUGCCCUGGGCUCCAAAGAGGAUGACUCACAAGCCAGGCUGGACCAUGAUCCUAGUCGGGAAGGAGACGUACACCUUCGGUUUCAGGGAUUCUUCUCACAUCACCAACCUGACGUACUCGGCAACCUUCUACGACUUCGAGGACACGGAUUACGUCAUCAUGCAGCACGACUUCACGCAGUCGCCUGAUAGAUUCUCGCUCACUGACGGAGACAACAGAGAGCCGUCAGCUGCUGCAGUCAGCUUCGCCAACAACGACGACAAAGACUGGUUCUUUGAUGAGGCAAAUGGAAAGAUAUUUUCUUACCUAGUUUCUGGUAAGGGAGAAACCUCCUCAGCAGAUCGGAAUGUGAAGAUGAAAGUCUACAGAUGCUUCUAUGAAGAUUGCAUCCCCCCUGCCGACCCGAACGACGUCCCGCCGGACGGCCAGCGUCCUCCUGACUACGUCGUGUACUCCGACCUCAUCUGGAAGAGGGACACUGAAGGUUUCAUGGUACCCAGUUCCUCCGUAACCGACACGAGGAGGAAGAGAUCAACAACAAUCCAGGAAGAUGACGACGUGAAGAUCACAGGAGUUACCUGGCUGGUGCUUGGUGACGAGGAUGUACCGAAGCUUGGGAAACUCUACAUCUACACGGUACUGGAGUUGUGGGAUCCAGCCAAUCCAUACACCAGGGACUACACACUGGAAGCUACACAUAUCUUCAUACAGGGAGGACGGCUGGUGGUUGGCUGGCCAGAAAAUCCAUACCUGGGCAACGUUCACAUCAUUCUCCAUGGCGACCACAACACCCCCGAACUGUCUGUGCCAAACGGACCGACUGUUGGAGCAAAGGCAAUAGGUGUGUUUGGAGGUCUGGACCUGGUUGGUAAGGAACGGAACGUGUGCUGGACUCACCUGGCCGAGACAGCUGCAGCAGGUGCAAACACCAUCACCCUAGCAGACGCCGUGGACUGGCAGGUGGAUGAAGAAAUCGUCAUCACUACCACCAGUUUUGACGCCUGGCAGACGGAGACGUUUACAAUCACGGCUGUAUCUGCAGACGAAAGAACACUGACGCUGAACUCCACUCUUGCCUACGACCAUAUAUACCACAGUGAUACGGUGAAUGGGAAAUCUUACACCAUGGCAGCGGAGGUGGGACUGUUUACCAGGAACAUCAAGAUUGAGGGUGCGGACUACCAGGGCCUCUUCACGGAGUCAUUUGGCGCCAGGGUGCUGGUCGGCUCCUUCAACACUGGAGGACAAACAUACACAGGAUACGCAAGGAUCAGGAAUGUGGAGUUUUACCACACCGGACAGGAGGGUUGGAACGCCUUCUACGAUCCGCGCUUCUCUCUGGCCUUUGUCAACACCGGAGACGUCUCAGAGACAAAACCGUCUAAGGUCGAGAACAGCGCCUUCCACAACGGCUUCUCUCCUGGCAUCGGGGUGUACGGAACAAACAAGCUGGAGAUCAUCAACAACAUAGUACACCACACUGUUGGGCAAGGAAUGAUCAUCGAGGGAUCGAGAAACUCCUUGACCAGAAACCUGAUCGCCCUGUCCAUCUGGCCUGGAGCUUACCAGGACCGUAAGGAGGAGAACAGCUUGAAGUGGGAGGGAGCUCUGGAAGUCAUGGACGCCACAAACAUCGUGCUGAAGGACAAUGUGAUAGCCGGAGCAGAACGCAUCGGAGUGCACCUGGAUGGCGAGCCGUGUCCUGGUGCUGACAACCCGGUGGACAAUUGGAGCGGGAACGUCAUCCACUCAGCACUCCAUGGCACCCACGCGUAUGAAGACGGCCUGCCAGAGUGCUCCAUGAUCUCCAACUUCUUCAUCUACAAGUGCUACAGCUAUGGAGUCUACUUCCAGUCUGUGUCCAGUUUAGUCCUGAACAACAUUACAUCUGUCGACAACGGAAUCGGCUCCUUCACGUCAAUCAUUGGACCAGCGUCCAUCUCACACGAGGGGGAAAACAAAUUUGUGAGGAUACAAGGAUCCUUUUUCGUCGGGAGAAGUUCGGCCUUCAGUUGUGAAGACGAUGUCUUGGACUUGAGCGACGACAACCUAGAGAUUGCCAGAUCAAGGGCAGGGUUAGGGUUCUCGAGUCAGAAGGGCACCGCAGGAGGACACAUCGGGAUUUCGUUUCCCGGCUUCAUUUCUGGUUUCAGUGGCUCUCCGCUCAAACCAUGGGACAAGGUUAUGAAGGCUCCUGCAUUGCUGGGCGGGACGGAAGUAAAAGACACGACGUUUUCCAACUUCGGCGAAGCGUGUAGCGGUCUGCAGGAUGUCGUGUUCCACACUUGGAACAUCAACGAGGACUUAAUGCACCCGAUUGAGACGGAGGGACUCCAGUUUGUGGAUGUCGAUGAGAACAACAAAGUUUUUCUUGCACGGCCUGCUCUGGGAGUGAUCAACCCGACUGAAUGUGUGGACAUGGAGUGUGACGGAAAGAAGGAGACGUUCAUCAAGGACCGUGACGGGUCCUUCCUGCCGUCGGGAACCCCCGGAGCCUUCAUCCCGCAGGCGGAGUGGGAGUGGGACGGUGACCCCAAGAGGGGCCUGGGAGACUACCGCAUCCCCAAGACCAUGCUGGCCAACCUGGACGGGAGUCAGAUGGACAUCAGUGAGGUCGUGACAGGAGGGAGAGGUAUCAUCAGAACACCAGACUGUGUGAGCAAUGAUGAGCUGCAUGGUCACCUGUGCCACAGCCUCAACUACGAGAUGCUGGUGAUCGAGAGCCUUGAUGACGACACGGAGACCCGCAGGCUGUCACCUGUCGCUCUCCUGGCUGACGGGUACAUCGACCUGCUGAACGGACCCAUGAGCCACGAGUGGUGCGGAGGCUACAACUGCCAGAAGCGUAUCUCCACCUUCUGGGCUGUCGUCGCCACAGAGAAGGAAUAUCUCAUCCACUUCACCGGUCUCAGUCCCCAGAACCUGCGGCUACAGCUCCUCAACACUGCCGAAGACAAGUCCAUGGUUGUCGGUAUCUACUACUGCAGGCCCGAGAGGCUAGACGUGUAUGUGAACGGUGGCUUCGUGGAACCGAAGAACUUCGACCCUAGUACUGGCGGUAUUUUAGCCGGGGAUUACAGGCCAACUUUGAACGAUUCCCCUGGAGCGAACUUCAUGGACAUUGAAUGGCAGACUCUGUACUUCACUCUGAAAGGAUCUACCCCCGUAACAAUCAAACAAACAGAAGUCAUCGUCCUAACCUUCGGGAUGCCGCCGGUGACUGUAGAGGACUUCUUCUCGUCUGACCAGCUAGUGAACAACCUCUGCCUGUUCCUGAACAUCCCGGCCGACAAGGUGCGAGUGAUGGACGUUGUGCGUGAAGACAGCUCACGUCGGCGCCGUGCAGCCGACAGUAUGACCGUACAGGUCCAGAUAGGAGACCCACCGACUCCGUUACUGAAUGGAACCUCAGACAACAGCCUCUCUCACGAUGAUCUAAUGCAGUUGAUGUCUGUGAUGGUGAAUGCUGUGCAGACAGGUGAACUGGACAGUGUGUUUGGAACGACUGUGACCAGCGUGUCUGUAGUCGAUCCCGUCCCGCCUGUGGCGAGUCAAGAGUGGCGGGAGAUGACCGUGGACCAGACCCGGGCGGAUGAUUACGUCAUGCCGGAUUCCAUCAUCGUACACACCCAGCCGGAACCGCAGCAUGAGCUGGCCGUCUUCGCCGUUCAACCCAAGAUCCAGGCUUUGGACAAAGAGGGCAACCAUAUGGCACAUCUUGGGCACACCAGCUCCCCCUGGGAAGUCACUGCCUCCCUGCAGCCGGGAGAUAACACCGACCCCAGGGCGACAUUGACGGGGACCCUCAGUGUACCGUACGUCAACGGCUGGGCCAACUUUACUGACCUCAAGGUCUCCCACAGUGGUGAGGGCUACACCAUCCGGUUCACGGUGAGCCAGAGUACCACCAAUCCUCUGCAGGCAGAGACUCAGCCGUUCACGGUCGAAGGGAUGCCAGUUAGAGCUGCCACAUUCAGCAAACCAGACACAGCCACUGUUGAUGACCCGUUCAACCUCCAACUGGAGCUGAGAGACGCUGUCACCGGGCAGGCGAUAUCUGACAUCUCCUGGAAGGGGCUGAGCUGGUUCGCUAACGUUAUUCUGAUGGAGCCAGUCCCGGGUCUGUACAGAGGCAGCCUCCGUGGCAACACUUCUACAACCUUUGAUGUUCUGAGCGGCCAUGCCACAUUCAGAGGCAUCUCCCUCACACAUGCAAGUCGCUACCAUCUCCAGUUCCACAUCACCACGGACCCGCCCAUGGAGGAGUACGACUUUACCUACAUCCCCGACCCCAUCGACGUCUUCCCGCCAGGGUACGAGAAGCCCUCGGGAGUUUCCAAGGUCGCACGGAUCACUUUUGACGCUGACUUCUACCAGACGGUGGGAGACCUUGAACUCUACUUCGAGACCUUCAUGAUGAACGUCCUCAACGCAAAUUUCAGCACGGUGUACUUUUCUGCGGCGAACGCCUACGCAGGAAGUGUCGUGGUGGACCUGACCGUGACCGGUCCGGAUGAUGAGGUGGAGGCGGCGUUGUUACGUCUGUGGUACCAGGUCCAACAGCCAAUGAGGGUCACGUUUAACGGGAACACCAUGGAGACCAUCGACGUCAUGUAUGUGGAUGGGCAACGGUAUUAUGGCACGGAGACAGCCAGCUCGGGACCGGAUGUGGCGUUGAUCGCUGCCGUCUCAGCCGUCGCUGUACUUGCCCUUGUCGUCAUCAUCCUGAUCGUCGUUUGGCUGAAGAAGAAACAAGGCCGCAAAAACAAAGCCUGGGCAGACUCCAGCCAGUCCUCUGCCUUCUUCCGUCCAAGUUCUGUUGCAGGACAAAGUCAAGUACAUGUGGAGGUGGCUGGUCAUGAGAUGAAAGACCUUGAAGCCAGCCUGCUGGGUAAGACCAAUGGCGCCUUCACGAUGCAGGAGACUAAGUUGGACAAGACAGAGCUCCAGUCACGGCCGGUCUCCCGCUCCUCCGUCUCUCCCCGCUCCGUCUCUCCUCCGGGAUACGUGUGUGACGAGGACAAUGACAUCCCCCAGCCCAGGAACGUGUCUGUCCAGCUGCUGGACAAGCACUACCGCCGCAGUGAGAUGGAGAAGACAUGGCUGGACAUGAACAAACUUCUGAAACAGGUCCGUGAGGAUCUGGUUGCCGGGUUCCCGGACCAGCUGGAGUGGCAGGACUUCGUGUUCCUGACUCCCGGACUGACUCACGUCCCGCUGGACACUGAAGACAAGAAACGCCUGAAGGACAUCGUGGAAGUGGGAGAAGAUGUCGUCACCAUUCACAUGGUGUAAGACUGGAAUGUCGACCGGACCAAGGAUUUGACUAGACCCCUCGUUUGUUUGCUGUGUAUUUUUUUCCAAAGUCAGCUGCUUUAAAACGAUCUAUACGCUCAGAUUUUCAUAUCAGAUUAAUACUAAAUUUUAUAUUGUGUUACAAGGUAAUUCUCUCGACCUACAGAGAAUUAAUACAGAAUCUUCACGUGGUGUUUUAUAGAUUUUCAAGAUUUUUGACAAUUUUCCCUUUUUUUAAAUUUCAUGUGAGUAAACAUAAAUCUAAGUCAAAAGAAUCGAGUUGCAACCAAAACAAAAUCUUACUUGAAUACUGACAAUAAACUUGCACGUUUACCGGC